UGGCUUAGCCUUUCGAGUUUGACGGGUAACAUCAGUUGCUGGGGCAAUGGGAAGUGUGUGUUGUCAUGACAAUGGUGGUAGCAGCAAGGGAAGUUUGUGAUGAGUGUACGGCUUAUUGUGGUAACAACAGAAUCCUUGGAAUGGUUUGGUUGAUACCAAAAACCAAAACUGUGGUUUAAAUGGGGCGGGUAAAAUUACCAACAUGGACCACAGUGGCACUGAUGGAUAGCAGGUUGCCAUGCCAACAGCAUCACUGACAAGCAGGUGUCUGGUUGCUAUGGUAACACCUCACUUUCUACAGUUAAACCUGGUUGAGGAGUGGUUGACUUAUCCAGGUAAUAACUGACUGCCAUGGUGAAGGGCUCUGGGCUGACUACAGACACCGUCGUAUCUUGAUAGCUGCCAUGACAACAUGCUAGACCUAAGGAAGAAGCAGUAAACUUCAGGCCCGAGGCAGGAAGUGAUGUUUCACCUCCCAUGAACCUUCGCCUCAAAAAUGGGCAAGCUUGGUACAGCUCGGCACGAGAGCAGACUCCGCCCUUUGGCCGAAGAGCUCUGUUUGCUCAUUGGCCACCAUAUAAUGCAAUCGUUAUUAGUUCCCGCCCCGAUCUGGGAUUCUGGCCAAUCACAAUAUAUAGAAGGCGUGUGCUUGCCUUUCGUGUUUUCAACUGCAUUCCAGACAUGCCCAUCGUGCACCCGCCCCCAAUCCUUGCUGUCUUGCUCUUGACAGGUUGCCUUUCCAGUCAAUCAGGCUACGCCCCACCCCCACCUCGCUCUUUAAAGUCACAUGACAUCUUAUUUUGCUCGACGGCGGGAGGCGGGAGAAUGAGGCCUCCCUUAGCCAAUAACGUAACCUCACAUUUUGACACCCGAGCGAUGCAGCCAGUCAAAAAAGUUUCGAGCGUCCCCCUAGAGCUGUGAAGGCGGGACUAACUCGGACGUGCUCAAUCAUCUUCGCCAGGUGCCACAACGGACUGCCUCUGGCUCCAAUGAAAUAUCGGCCAGGCGAGAAAGACGGGCGCCGGGGCCAAUUGCUGAAGAGCGGGCGUGUCCGGCUCCCCUCCUUCAGUUUAAGUGAGGGCGGAAGAUGGCGGCGGCGGCCGGGAUGGGUCCGGGGGUCCCGGACGGGGAACCCGAGGGUUCAAACCGCGACCGCAGCGCUUUCGAAUGCAAUAUCUGCCUGGAGCCUGCCAGAGAAGCUGUCAUUGGGCUCUGCGGCCACCUGUACUGGUGAGGAGGAGGGGGGAGCAGAAAGGGGCGUGGCCCUGAAGAGUUGGGGGGCAGCCUUAAAAGGGCGGGGGGCACAGAACAAGGUGCCUGGCAGGGAGAGCUGCCCUUGUUCUUACUGGGUCUGGCAGGUGGAAGGUUUGCUCCAUUGCAAAGAAGCCUGGGAAAGAAGCUUCACCUGCUGGAUUUCUGCCUGUCGGGAUGGCCUUAAAGCUGCAGGGGCUGCACCAGAUUUCACUUGACUUCGACUGCCACUUCACCACUGUCUAAAAAUCAAAGAGGGUGGGUGGCAACCUCGAAGGACAGCCCAUGUGGCAUCACACGGUUAAGGUGUGCGGAUCAGAACCAGGCUCUGUGAAGCUCCCUGUGCGUGAUGUGUGGCCAGUUGCGGGAUUAGCUUUCAGAAGGUAUCCGAGGUGGGAAUUUCAGAACCUAGAGCUUUUCUCUGUGUGGCCUUAGUCAGGCAUAUUAUUCUUGCUUUUAAAAAAAAAAUUGCAUUAUUAUUCCAGGUUUUAAAAGGGUCACUCGCUUUUUCUUCUCUUUUUCCCCCUAGCUGGCCGUGUCUUCACCAGGUGAGUGUCUCCCUUUCCUCGGCUGCUGACCUCUAGGGCGAGGAAAGGUGAAGGUGUCAAAGAACGUCAUUGAGGGAACCUGCCCUGGUGUGUGAGCCUAUCUGCCAUGGUGUCGGCCUGCCAGGCGGCCAAUCUAGAUGCCUACGGGAAGCUUGCAAGCAGGACCUGAGUGCAACAGGGCCAGUUUGCGGAGUCCCCACAGGCUAUUGGGAGAACAGGAUGCUCAAAUAGAUAGGCCAUUGGUCAGAUCCAGGCAUGGCCAAACUUGGCCCUCCAUAUGUUUUGUGACUACAAUUCCCAUCAUCCCUGACCACUGGGUCUGUUAGCUAGGGAUGAUGGGAGUUGUAGUCACAAAACAUCUGGAGGGCCAAGUUUGGCCAUACCUGGUCAGAUCCAACAGGUCUCUUCUUAUGUUUUUAUGGGAGGCAGGUUUUUAUAGGAGGCUUUAAUAAUAUUUGUGCCUAUUGAGGAAGCUCGAGGAAAAUGCAACCUCCAUGUGCAGAAGCCAUAUAUCUUUUUAACUGCUGAAGGCAAACCACAGGAGAAGAGAGCAGGUUUAUCUGUGUUCUACCUUGUUUGUGAGCCGUCCUUUUGUUUCUAAUCUGGCAGACUUCUGUUGAGACAGAAUCCUGAUCAAGAUGGACCAUUGGUCUCACCUGGUUAAAUAUUUCCUAUCGGAGCAGCUGUCCUUGAAUUGAACCUUUCCACCACCAAUAAGAAGUCUGUCUGUGCUUAAUUAGUAAAAAAUAACUUCAGAGUUCUGUUGUGCUCAGAUCCUGCUUAAGGCCAUUGGCCAUUGUGAGAAAAGGAGGCUGGGCUAAGAUGGGCCGCUGCCUGAUCAGGGGACCUUGGGCAAAGCCAGAGGCAAAAGUGGGCAGAGUCACAAAUGUGAAUUUUACCUGCACUCAGCUCUCACCUGUGGUUCCUAGAAGCUGUCAGCGUGUGACAGUAGCCACAGCCCAGGAACAGCUUUGUCUGGCAGGCUAAACCAGGUGAGGGCAGCUGAUGGGUCUCAAACCCUCGGUGAGUUAGGGGCUUCCUCUGUAUUGAAGACAGGCUCCAGCGGAUUGAGCAGAUGAGAACAGUGGUGGUUCCAACAGUCAAGAAGGCUGUAGAGCAAUGGUUCUCAACCUGUGGGUCCCCAGAUGUUGGACUACAACUCCCAUCAUCCCUGAGCUCUGGUCUUGCUAGCUAGGGGAGAUGGGAGUUGUAGUUCAACAACAUCUGGGGACCCACAGGUUGAGAAAGGCUGCUGUAGAGGAAGUGAGGGGCAGAUGGGGCUCAUCAACCUGGGAAGGUAGCCCAUUUAGGAGAAGUAAAACUCUGAUCCUAAGCCUCUGAUGCCUUGCGAGAUAUCUUUGUGAAAAGAAAAGCUAAGGAGUAAACCUGACACAAAUCUGGAGUGGGGUUCCUAAGACGGUUGAAUGGCACCUUGUGUGGCUCCUUCUGGCAACUCCUGCAGCCAAGCUGGUGCCAGGACCUCCAGACACACUGCCCAAACUUACGCCCAAGGGAGGUCAUUUUGGUGCUGCUAACGCAAUGGUUUGACUUUACCCCCAGAUGCACUCUCCAUUGUCUCUUGAGACAGAUGGAUGCAAAGAACAACAACAGUUCAGUUGUGCACCCUUCUCUGUCUUCCAUUCAGACAAGCAAGAGGCGUGAUCAGAGUUCAAGGUCUCAUUCCAGCCAGGCAAAACAUUUGGGUUUGAAGCAGGGUCAGGGUAAGGGGGUUGGCCUGGAGGGGGAUGUGCCCACCUGCCUGCCUGCUCACCUGCCCUGGGUGCCUGAGAUUUCCCUGCCCUGGUUACAUAUGAUCUGCAUAUCUUUGGGGAUGGGUGGGAGAAACUCUUCCACAUUCACUGCCAUCUUUCCCCCCUCCAUAGUGGCUAGAAACUCGGCCAGAGCGCCAGGAGUGUCCAGUGUGCAAGGCAGGAAUCAGCCGGGACAAAGUCAUUCCUCUCUAUGGACGUGGAAGCUCCGCCCAGCAGGAUCCCAGGUAAUCGUUUCCCUUUGCUAGGCUCCCUGCUAGUUUGGUAAUCCUCAGUGAUAGUGGAAUUCUGGGCUAGAGUGGCAUUUCCUUUUCCUGUAGGCUGGUUGGUCUCCCUCCCUCCCUUCUCUCGCCGUGAGUCCUUUACUGACUCUGAAGCAUCUCUUAUUCUGAUAAAAGGAAAGAUUUGUAACUUUCCAGUUCCCAAGCCCAGUAUCUCUGGGCAACUGCCUAGCCCAGGAAAGUGUGAUCAAUAGAAUCAUAGAAUCAUAGAAUAGAAUCAUAGAGUUGGAAGAGACCACAAGGGCCAUCAAGUCCAACCCCCUGCCAAGCAGGAAACACCAUCAGAGCACUCCUGACAUAUGGUUGUCAAGCCUCUGCUUAAAGACCUCCAAAGAAGGAGACUCCACCACACUCCUUGGCAGCAAAUUCCACUGUCGAACAGCUCUUACUGUCAGGAAGUUCUUCCUAAUGUUUAGGUGGAAUCUUCUUUCUUGUAGUUUGGAUCCAUUGCUCCGUGUCCGCUUCUCUGGAGCAGCAGAAAACAACCUUUCUCCCUCCUCUAUGUGACGUCCUUUUAUAUAUUUGAACAUGGCUAUCAUAUCACCCCUUAACCUCCUCUUCUCCAGGCUAAACAUCAUCAUAAAUCAUAGAGUUGGAAGGAACCAGUAGGGUCAUCGAGUCCAAUUCCCUGCAAUGCAGGAAUCUCAACUAAAGUAUCCCGGCCUCUGUUUAAGGAAAGAGAUUCCACCACCUUCUGAGGGCGUCUGUUCCUCUGUCAAACAUUUCUUACCAUCAGAAAGUUCUUCCUGACAUUUAGUGGGAAUCUCCUUUCCUGUCAUUUGAAUCCACAAGAUGGGCACGAACUUGAAUUGCUUUAAAAGGGGCUAUGGCAGAUUCAUGGAGCAGAGGGCUAUCGAUGGCUAGUAGUCAUGCCUCUGAAAAUCACUUGUUGAGAAUCGCAAGUAGGGAGUGCGCCAUUGCUUCCCAUGCGCAUCCAGUUGGCUGCUGUGAGAACAGAAUGAAUGACUAGGUGGGCCUUUGGCCACAUCCAGCAAAACGCUGCUAAAGCUGAGGAAGCUCUCCUUCCAAUGUAAACAUGUUGCCUCUCUCAUUGAAUUGCAGGCUCAGGGCAAAGACCUGCUCCGUCCUCUGUUGAUCUUCCAAGCACAGCCACCACCUCCCCCAGUGUUUUGUAAAUACGACAUCCUUAUCCUAAUGUGUUUUUAAAAUCCCUUCUGCGCCCUGUUAUGGGGAAGACGGGGUGAUGGUGAAAAUACUGAUGAACGGGAGGAGUGUCUGCCUACCUGCCAGUGCUGCUUAUGCAUAUUCCCCCUUCCUAUCGCAGGUUGAAGACCCCUCCUCGGCCACGAGGGCAGCGCCCAGAGCCGGAGUCCCGAGGGGUGAGUGGCCCUUGCUUCUAGCCCUCUAUAGACUGAUCCCGGCUGCUUUGCAGUUUGCAGCAGACUACUAACCUACAUUUCCCCCCUUUCUGUUUUUUGCCCCCUGCUCCCCCUCCCUCCGACAGGGCAUGGGCGCCUUUCCCGAUGCGGCCACUGGCUUCCACAUGGCAUUUGGCAUUGGCGCGUUCCCCUUUGGGUUUUUUGCCACUGGCUACAGUACCCCAGGAGAAAGGGCAGGUAAUGGACUACUUUUAAAAACAGGUCUAAGCUUGUUGCACAAAUCUGCCCAUAAGGGCACACUCAAAUUCCACAGCCGUGCUCACUUGUCCUAUCAACCAACCUCUGGGAUUAUGAUGAUGAUGAUUUUAUAUCCUGCCCAUCAGGCUGGGUUUCCCCAGCCACUCUGGACAGCUCCCAACAGAGUAUUAAAAAUAUGAUAAAACAUCAAACAUUAAAAACCUCCCUAAACAGGGCUUCCUUCAGAUAUCUUCUAAGUCAGAUAGUUGUUUAUUUCCUUGACAUCUGGUGGGAGGGCGUUCCACAGGACAGGCACCACUACCAAGAAGGCCCUCUUCCUGGUUCCCUGUAACCUCGCUUCUUGCAGUGAGGGAACCACCAGAAGGCCCUCGGAGCUGGACCUCCUUGUCCAGGCUGAACGAUGGGGGUGGAGACGCUCCUUCAGGUAUACUGGGCCGAGGCCGUUUAGGGCUCUAAAGGUCAGCACCAACACUUUGUAUUGUGCUCGGAAACAUACUUGGGAACCAAUGUAGGUGUUAUAUGGUCUUGGCAGCCACUCCUAGUCACCAGUCUAGCUGCUGCAUUCUGGAUUAGUUGUAGGUUCCGGGUCACCUUCAAAGGUAGCCCCACAUAGAGCGCAUUGCAGUAGUCCAAGUGGGAGAUAACUGCAGCAUGCACCACUCUGGCGAGACAGUCUGCGGGCAGGUAGUUGGUAGUUGUUGGCCUCUGUCUGCCUCGAGACAAUGGAGGGCACCUCCAGGGGUGAAGUCAAACUGCUGCAUUAGCAGCAUCAAAGUGACCUCCCUGAGGCACAAGCCUGAGCAGUGUGUGUGAUGGUCCUGGGCUGCUGAGAGCCAGUGUGGUGUAGUGGUUAAGAGCGAUAGACUUGUAAUCUGGGGAACCGGGUUCGCAUCUCCGCUCCUCCACAUGCAGCUGCUGGGUGACCUUGGGCCAGUCACACUUCUCUGAAGUCUCUCAGCCCCACUCACCUCACAGAGUGUUUGUUGUGGGGGAGGAAGGGAAAGGAGAAUGUUAGCCGCUUUGAGACUCCUUAAAGGGAGUGAAAGGCGGGAUAUCAAAUAAAUAAUAAAAAAAAAAUCUGCCUCUCAGCCUCGCUGAUGUGGUCCAAAGGAAAGCAGAGCAAGUGUUUUGACACCAGCUUGGCUGCAGCAGUUGCCAGAAGGAGGCCUGCAAAGCACCACCCCACUGUCUUAGCGACUUUGUUCCGGAUUUGUGCAGGGUUUACUCCCUUAGCCUUUUCUACUUCUGAAGCUAUCCCGCAAGGCAGCAGAGGUUUAGGAUCAGACUUUUCCUUCUCCUACCUUCCCAGGUGGGUGAGCUUCACUUGUCCCUCCCUUCCGUGUAUGGCAUGUGCAGAAACUGCCUUCUCGAUGGUUGGACCCACUAUUGGUCUCAUCCCCCGAGUCUGCCAGAGCCUGUCUUCGCGUGAAGGGGAAGUCCCUAACUCACUGAGGGUUUGAAAUCCAUCAGCUGCUUUCACCUGGUUUAGCUGGCCCGUCGAAGCCAUUCCUGGGGUGUGACCACUGUCGCACACCAACAGCUUUUAGGAGCCGCAGGUGAGAGAGCUGAGUGCAGGAUGGGUACCAGAGGUACUACCCCUUCCCUAACACCCUGUACAGUGGUACCUCAGGUUACAUACGCUUCAGGUUACAGACUCCGCUAACCCAGAGAUAGUGCUUCAGGUUAAGAACUUUGCUUCAGGAUGAGAACAGAAAUCGUGCUCUGGCGGCGCGGCGGCAGCAGGAGGCCCCAUUAGAUAAAGUGGUGCUUCAGGUUAAGAACAGUUUCAGGUUAAGUACGGACCUCCAGAACGAAUUAAGUACUUAAGCUGAGGUACCACUGUACAUCCCUGGGAUUAAUCUCUUUUCCCACGCUACCCUUUGUGGGUUUUACCCAGGUAAAAGCUGCGUCCUCACUCUGAUUUGCAAUCUCUGUGCUAAGUUCAAGUGUACCUUUUUUUUGCGGCUGGGCAAGGCACCAUGUCUCUCCCUGCUAAGCUGCCACUAAUAGAACUUGGCAGCAGCCCUGCGCUGGGUCACGUUUACACAAGCAGGUGCUUGAGUCUUAACCUGUGCUUGAAAUCCUUACUGUUCUGCUUUACUGGCUUAGAGAAGGGGUUGUUCCACCGUCAGGCUCUUACACGCGUCCCUUUCAUGUUCCUCUCUCUCCAGGGCUGCGUUACUUCCUUCUGAAUAGUAGCAUCUCUUUCCUUCUCUGUAUUUGGAGAGGGAUUUUAGCUCGGCGUCGGAGCACUUGUCUUGCAUUCACAAGGUCCGAGGUUCCAUCCCAUACUGGUAUCUCCAGUUAAAAGGAUUGCUGGUGGCAUGUUCUGGGAAAGGAUCUCUCUUUCUCUCUCUCUCUCUCUCUCUGCCAAAGAUCCUGGAGGAGCACUGCCAGUCAGAGCAGACAGUACUAGUCUAGAUUGUCUAGCCUUCCUACCAUCUCUUCCUGCCUCAAGUCUUAGGGUAGGGAACUUCUGAUCUGCAGGCCGUGUUUGGCCCUCAAGGCUGUUUGGUCUAAGCCAUGCCCACCCACUCUACAAUCAGCUGAUUGUUGGGGGCUUGCAUAGUUCCAGGCAGGAUGUUUUGCAAACCCUGAGGGCUGUAGCCUUCGUAGCUCUAGCAAUACAUGGAGAUCUGCCCUGAUUAUUGUGAUACAUCCAUAAUUACCGUAUUGGCCUGAAUAUAAGCCUCACUUUUUUUUUUCCCCCAAAUUCCGACUUAGAGUGCGACUUAAAUUUGCGACCUUACAAAAAUUGGCUUUUACAAUAUUGCUGCUGGAACAGACAUAAGGUAAAACAGAAUGGGUAUGAGUGCCUGCAGAAUUUUAAUGGAGUGGCUUAAACAGUUUAGGGAAGCUUUUAAUAUUUAAUAGACUGUUGUAUUUAAUAGACUGUAUAAUAGACUGUAUACCUGAAGGAGCGUCUCCACCUCCAUCGUUCUGCCCGGACGCUGAGGUCCAGCGCCGAGGGCCUUCUGGCGGUUCCCUCAUUGUGAGAAGCAAAGCUACAGGGAACCAGGCAGAGGGCCUUCUCGGUAGUGGCGCCCGCCCUGUGGAACACCCUCCCUUCAGAUGUCAAAGCAAUAAAUAACUACCUGAUGUUUAGAAGACAUCUUAAGGCAGCCCUGUUCAGGGAAGUUUUUAAUCUGUGAUAUUUUACUGUAUUUUUGGUUUCUCUGGAAGCCGCCCAGAGUGGCUGGGGAAACCCAGCCAGAUGGGCGGGGUACAAAUAAUAAAUUAUUAUUAUUAUUAUUAUUAUUUAUUUAUUAAUAUUUUAAUAUUCUGUUGGGAGCCACCCAGAGUGGCUGCGGACAUCCAGUCAGAUGGGUGAGGUAUAAGUAAUAAAUUAUUAUUAUUAUUAUUAUUUGGGUAUUGUCUUUUUUCUUUUUUCUUCUUGAAUUUUAAAGGUGCAGCUUAUAUUCCGGCGUGACUUAUAUUCGGGCCACUAUGGUAUUAUUAUUGUAUAAUUAUAAGAUUAUUGUAUUAGGAUGUGUCAUUUUGGGGGACCAUUCUUAAUUUUUGCACAUUUCUUCAGUGACUGGUCAUAAAAAAAUUGUUUUUGGGUAUGAAGAAUUCAAAUUGGCUAUUAAUAUUGAGCUUAGUAAGUCUAUGUUUGAUGAAGAAGCCCAUAAGCUGCUUUUGGCAAACCAAAUAAUUUAAAAUUUAACUUCUGAAAAUGUCAGGUAAUGCCAAACAAGGAUAAGGAUAAUAAUAAUAAUAAUAAUAAUAAUAAUAAUAUAUGAGACGGAAGAUACUUCUAUUCCACCCCCAACACAAUAAUCUCUGUGGAGAGGAUACUUGAGGUGAUAAUACAUAAAUAAACAUAUUGUUUGUGUACUAUGCACUGCAUAUGAAACAUUAAAGAUGUACCACUAGACAUGUUACAGUAGUUAUAUGUUGUUCUUGUAUUUAAAUGUGAAACAAUAAAAAUUGUUGGGGAAAUAAUAUGAAUAACAGUAGUAAUAAUGAUAAUAAUAAUAAUAGUAAUAAUAUAUUACUGUAAGUACUUGGCAAUCAUUUUUAAUUAUUUCUAUGCAGUCUUAUACACAUUUUGCUUACCAAGCAAAACUAAAUUAUUAUAAUUGAUUAAUUAAUUUUCUUAUAUGUACCCCACCCAUCUGGCUGGGUUUCCCCAACCACUCUCGGCAGCUUCCAACACAUAUAAAAACAUAAUAAAACAUCAAACUUUAAUAAGAACAAUCUGAUCCAAUAUAAAAAGUCACAAUAACUUUAAAAUAAACAGCUUUUAUCAAAUAAUGCAAUAUUCAGUCAUCCAUUAGAAAUUAUAUUAAUUUAACCAGAAUAUCUUUUGAACUCCCAAGUCGUGUUGCAACUUUUUAGCGCCCCUCAUUUUUGGAAUUUGAAAGCUGAAUUCUUCAAAUACGUCCCAAUGUAUCAUCUUAUUAGAAGGGGUGUGAUGACUGUGACUGUCAUGGAGGGACCCUGCACUUUUGAAUUUGCCACUACACUUACUGCCUGGAAAUGGAUUUCGAUGAAAAUGGUGACUUUUGGGGAUGUGGGUGGCGCUGUGGGUUAAACCACAGAGCCUAGGACUUGCCGAUCAGGUCGGCGGUUCGAAUCCCCGCGACGGGGUGAGCUCCCGUUGCUCGGUCCCUGCUCCUGCCAACCUAGCAGUUUGAAAGCAUGUCAUAGUGCAAGUAGAUAAAUAGGUACCGCUCCAGUGGGAAGGUAAACGGCGUUUCUGUGCGCCGCUCUGGUUCGCCAGAAGCGGCUUAGUCAUGCUGGCCACACGACCCGGAAGCUGUACGCCGGCUCCCUCGGCCAGUAAAGCGAGAUGAGCGCCGCAACCCCAGAGUCAGCCACAACUGGACCUAAUGGCCAGGGGUCCCUUUACCUUGACUUUUGCAUCUACCUGUAAUGGUAUAUGGUGCCUCCUUCUAACCUUGAGCUCCUCCGUCUCUCUUUUUUGCUUAGACGCAGAAGCUGCCCGCCCAUCCAGCUGGCAGGAUUCGCUCUUCCUCUUCAUUGCCAUCUUCUUUUUCUUUUGGCUGCUUAGUGUCUGACCGGCUGGACUCCGCUGGACUUGCCCUGUACUAAAAAAAAGAAGAAGUCUAUCAGAACAGGAUAGAAGGACUUUCAAACUAUGGGGAGGGGAAGGGGCAGCUGCGGGGAGGAGGGUGGAAUCAUUUCCUGCCUGCGCCCAGGCGAGGCAGGAGGGGGCUGACCUGCAGGGUGGAGGGCAAGGUGGCAGAGCUGGGGCCUGGUGUUUCUCCCCGCUCAACCUCCCUCCUUGAUCCCCCUACGCAGAAUUAAAAGUAUAAUAGGGUGACUAGGGGAGCUGACGAUGCAAAAGAGGUGUAUAUUUGUGUUCAAAGUGUAUCUGUGUGUAUGGGGGGGGGCAGGUAGGGAAAGUCGUAAUUAUCAAGGUGUUUUAAUUGUUUCCUCUUAAUCGCCCUUGACUGAAGCGUUCCAAAGUUCGCCUGAAUUGCAGGUGGGCUGUGUUAAAAAUAAUAAUUGAGAAGAUGUAGAAGAAGGUAGCAGUCAGGAGCUGUGGGGUCCGGGAGCCAAAUCCGGCCUGUCAGUCCUCUGCUUCCCCCCCCUCCCAUGAUAUUUUGCUCACCUGCAUUCUCCCUCCUCACAGGCCAGAGGGGUUUGGGGUGGGGGCUAUCACUUACUCAAUAGCAUUAGUGGGACAAAAUCCCACAUUUGCAGCCAGACCACCCUCUUUUAAUGGCUUAAUUUGGCAACUAGGCCUCAAACAACGACAACAAAAUCGAGAUUCGUUCCUACCUGUAAGCUUACAGUGGCAUGAAAUGCUACAUAGUGGGGAAAGAGGGCCUUUUUAGGAGGGGAAGAGAGCUGUGGUCUCCCUCUUUAUAGGGGCAAAAAGCCCACCACACCCACCUGCCUCAGCAGGUGUUGCGGUAGGGGGCGCAGAGGCAAGAAAAGUAGGGUGGUAAAAGCAGGAGGUGGGCUAUGGCAAUGGAGAAGGAGCCACAGGAAAAACAUCUGGGCUUCUUUUUCUCUCUCCCCCCCUCUGCAUUCCUGUGGCCAACCACUGGGAGGGAAAUGGGCCUCAGGUGUGUUAAUUUAACUGGUUGCAACGAAGUUCCGUGUGGUUAGUUUUAUAUAUAAUAAUAAUGUCCCAUCCCGUCCCUUUAAAAAUUUGACUUCCAGAGAUGUAAGAAGCCACCUGCUUUUACAGACUGUUUUAUUUUCCAGGCUGGUGACGGACUAGUCAACUGGUUGUAUUUCUCUCUUUCCCCCUGGUGCCCUCCCCUCAAUCUUCUGAGGGCGUAUGGUACAGUCAGCGCUGGUGGGAUUUGUUACUGCUUGGGUUGGGAUGGGGGGGAUAGCCUUGGCUGGCCUAACAGUAUUUAAUUGCCCAGAAAUCUCUGUGUGUGGGGGGGGGACUCACCCACCCACUUCCCUUUCUUCCCGUUUGGGUGACAAGAGGGAAGAUGUGAUGUAAAUUAACCUAUUCUGUAAUUAAAUUAACCUGUGAUUCAUA